ACGGGUUUUAAUAUUAUUCAAUUGCGGAGCACGAAAAGCUUAAGCGCAAAUUAUCAAGAACUUCAAAAUUGUCAAUAGAAGAGGUUCUAGCACGUACAGUUCGGAUGUUUUACUACAAUUUGAUGUCCAACACAAUGUAAUGUUAUGCUGCAGACAUCGCCGCAGUGUACAACACUGGACAAUCGUAUUUAUAGAUGGUGUUCAUUUCAACAACCUGGGAUUUGAAUUUUUUCCACAAUGUGAGAGAAAUGAUUUUGAAGUGCAUUGCAGAUAUGUAAUUCACACAUGUACUGGAAGAUACUGUAUUCUAAUUGGUGGCACAUUUGUAUCUAUAUUAUCAUGUAACAGUAAGACAUACAUGUAGUAAGUAUAUUAGCCGUCAUAUAUGAUAGAAACAAACCCAUAUGGGGUCCAUUUCAGUUAGAUAAACAAGACUUCCUGCAGGCUUAUGAACAUGGCAGAUCUUGUAUAUCACAAAUUUUCUGUCCAUUUGUGGUAAAAGACUAAAUGUAGUUAAAUGACUAAUAGAAUUAUAAAGUCUAAACACAUUGUCUGUAUUUGUUUAUAUAGUUUAAAUGUAGUUAAAUGGUCUACUAGAAUUAUAAAAUCUAGACACAUUGUCUGUAUUUGUUUAUAUUCUGUUCCAUUAUAUAAAUAAUGGUUACAGACAAGUAAUCUGCAGUCAAAUACACCGCAAGUUGUCAAAUGGGCAACAAAAUAUGAUCGUUUUUGACAGCUGUCUACAUUUAUGUAGUCAAAUGGGCUGCAUGGAGUCAGAUUGGUUACUAAGUCUAUGUUACUCAGAUAUUUUGUCCGUAUUGAUGUAGUCAAAUGGACUACAGUGUAGUCAGAUGGACUACUUUGUAUAGUCAGAUGGACUUCUUUGUAUAGUCAAAUGGACUAUAUGUAGUCAUAUGGACUACUUUAUUUAGUCGAUGGAUUAUUUUUACUGUAUGGCUAAACACAGGAUGACUGCCAUACACUUCUAAAAUGUUACAAGAAGAGAUUGUUGUAAAUACAGUAUUAUCUCGUGGAAGCUGAUCUUUACAUGCUCUUUUAAUAAGUAUAGAUAUAGUAAGUAUAUUAGCCUGUCAUAUAUGAUAGAACCAUUUCAGUUAGAUAAACAAGACUUUCUGCAGGCUUAUGAACAUGGCAGAUCUUGUAUAUCACAAAUGUUCUGCCAGUUUGUAGUAAAAGACUAAAAGUAAGUAACUGGACUAAUAAAAUUAUAAAAUCUAAACAGAUUGUCUGUAUCUGUUUAUACGUUUGUGGCCGAUUAGUUUAAAUGUAGUUAAAUGGUCUACUAGAAUUAUAAAAUCUAGACACAUUGUCUUUAUUUUCUUAUAUUCUGUUCCACUAUAUAAAUAAUGGUUACAGACAAUCUGUAGUCAAAUACACCGCAAGUUGUCAAAUGGACAACAAAAAAUGAUUGUACUUGACAGCUGUCUACAUUUAUGUAGUCAAAUGGGCUGCAUGGAGUCAAAUGGGCUACUAGGUCUAUGUUACUCAGAUAUUAUGUCCGUAUUGAUGUAGUCAAAUGGACUACAGUGUAGUCAGAUGGACUACUUUGUAGAGUCAGAUGGACUUCUUCGUAUAGUCAAAUGUACUAUAUGUAGUCAUAUGGACUACUUUAUUUAGUCGAUGGAUUAUUUUUACUGUAUUGUUAAACACAGGAUGACUGCCAUACACUUCUAAAAUGUUACAAGAAGAGAUUGUUGUAAAUACAGUAUUUCUUGUGGAAGUUGAUCUUUACAUGCUCUCGUAUAUGGUUUUCUAUUUCAUAUGCCACCAAGACAGCGAAGGCUGCUGCAGCUGGGGAAGCUGCUAAAACCGAACGAAGAACAACCCAAAUUGAGCAGGUUUCAGAAGCUAACACAUCCAAUUUAUCAGAAAAAGACUUGAACACAAUUAUAUCAAAUGUUGUUCCUGCUGUCACGCAAGGAAACGAUGGCAGAGACGGAGGGCAUCAAUGUUUCGGAGGCUGUGACUACUGAAAAUGAGGAAAUACGUCGGGAAAACAAACAACUGUUGAAAGAGAUAGCUGGGCUAUGCAACAGAAGGGACAAAACAGAUGUAGAGAAAAUACUGUUACUUGGAAAGAUUGGGGCUGGCAAAAGUUCAAUUGUUAACACAAUUAUCAAGGCCCUGUCUGGGAAGUACAUACCUAAAGCUAAAGUAGGAAAGGGUUCAACACAGUCAAAAACUUUUACAUUGGAGAGAUAUAUCAGUUGUGGUGUGACUGUGGAAGAUGUAGACGAAACAGAACAACAACAUUCUGUUGUGGAAAUGUUACCCCGCUUGCCCACCAUCUUUGAUGUUGCCGGAAAGGAUAACAGCGAUAAUGUGGAGUUGCAGGAAAUUCUAGAGCUUCUUAUUGGAGGUCAUGUUCCACCGGGAACCAGUAUUGAAUACCUGGAAGAAUUACAGAAGGAACACAAAGUUGGCUCUUUAAAGGAGACAAUAUUUAAGAACAGCAGACCAGAAUGGAAAAUGACCAAAAUCGUGUUCGUGCACAGUUGCCGGGAGGUUGUUCCAACAGAUUUAAUUCACUGCCUCCAAAGAGUGCUUAAAAGAGCUGACCCAAGAACAGCACAGGUCAAAUAUUCUGCAGAUAUUUAUGUCGUUAUAACUAAGUUUGACUUUGUAAGGGAUGUUGACAAGUACAUCUGGUCUUCGGGCGAGCCACAAAUAUCUAUAGAGGAGUUCAAAGAGGUUGAAAAGGCAAUUGAAAAAGAGUUCAGUCUUCAAGGUGCGUUGGAAGAUAACCGGACACGCUGGGUUAGUUACACAAAUGGAACUGGUACCGAUAAUCCAUACAUAGACAAUAUCGCGCUGAAGUUUGUAAGGCGAAUGGUCAUGCCCAGAAAUCAACCGGUCGAUUCCGUGAAACCCAUGAUUACAACAUGGACAAAGAUAGAACUUAAAGCGAAAAGAAUCUGCCUGAAAGCCAAACAUUUUUUUCUUACUGAACAAAACUUCACAUUUAGUUUUACUCAUUUGAUUAUCAUGUUUGCUGUAUUAAUUGCAGCAGUAGUGAUUAUGUACUGCGUGUAUAAGGUAUUAAAUUCUUCGCCUGAAUUUAAGAAGAGGAUGGAUGAUGAUUAUUUUUAACCAGAUUACUGAUUGUUUUAUAAAUACUGACAGAACUAAAAUAUAGAAAACUCCCUUACUGUUGCACUGCACUAUGUAGAAAUUUUACCUAUCAGUGAUAUUUAUUACAGGAGUUUGGUGAAUUCUGUUCUAAAUAUACAACUAACACUUGUGUUCCAAUUAAAAGAUGAACAAAUG